AUGAAGGUGGAUGCUUUGAUUUCCGGUCCUAGAGUCUCGCAUCUCAAGCGUUGGAAGCUUUUGUUUGUAGAUCUGUUUUGGGGUGCCUUCUUUCUGGUGUUUCAGGUGGUCGAGCGUGCUUUCCUAUGCUGUAAUGUGGUGUCGCCUCUCCUCCUUAACCGGUCACAUUUUUUCCAAGAUCUCUCUUGGUCUAACCCCUGCAUUUUGGCUCUUGCCUGCUGGAGUUAUGGGUUUCUUUGUGUCGAGUUGUUCGCAUUGAGGACAACUUACUCCCACACGCUUAAAGCUUUUGUCCACUUUGUACGUGUUGAUUUUGUGUGUUGGAGUUUGAAUCGAGAGGUUUUCUUUGGUGUUGUGGAUGGUUCGCCAUCAUUGGUUAGGGUUGUCCAUCGACCCUUUGUGCUUUUGAUGCCUCGACCUCUCCUCUCUAGCCCUCAUUCGCAUAUGUUUGUAGAGCAUGGCUACAAUUGGAAGCUUUUUGCCUCAAAUGUUUUCGUUGAGCAUCUUUUUCUUGAGGACAGUAGCAUGAUUAUUAAGAGCAUGUUUUCUUGUGGUUGUUCAAGCUCUCUCGUCAACACGGAUGCUCUUUUGCUCCUUUAUAAGUUGAGGUUUUAA